AUGUCAUACUCGUUGCGAAUCCUGCAGUUGCUUUGCAUCACUGCAGGGCUUGACCUGCUCAUGUCAUCCUUGGCUGCAGAUACAAGUGCAUGGAAGUCCAGGUCUAUCUAUCAGACCAUGACAGACAGAUUUGCACGUACGGAUGGGUCCACCACUCAUCCAUGCAACACCACAGAAGGGCUACGCUGCGGUGGUUCGUGGAGAGGCACAAUUCAACACCUUGACUACAUUCAUGGAAUGGGAUUCGACGCUAUCAUGAUCUCCCCAAUCGUCCAGAAUGCCGAGGGCCGUGUGCAGUACGGAGAAGCCUAUCAUGGCUACUGGGUCCAGGAUAUGUAUGCGCUAAACCCACACUUUGGCACUCACCAGGACCUGCUAGACUUGAGCAAGGCUGUUCAUGACCGCGGCAUGUAUUUGAUGGUAGAUACUGUCAUCAACAACUUGGCGUACAUCACCAACGGACGAGAUCCGGCAACGAGCAUUGACUAUUCAACGCUCAGCCCAUUCAACGACCCAAUAUUCUUCCAUCCAUAUUGCAAGAUCACCGACUAUGACAACUAUCCAUUGGCGCAGACUUGCUGGACAGGUGAUGAUGUUGUUCCCCUUCCAGAUCUAAAGACAGAAGAUAGCCAAGUUCAGAGCCUGCUUAUGGACUGGAUUAGAAAAAUGAUGACUACGUAUUCAAUCGACGGUCUACGUCUGGAUGCAGCGAAGCAUAUUACGCCAAGUUUCCUGCCCUUGUUCCAUAACGCUUCUGGCGCUUUCAUUACUGGCGAAGUUUUUGAGCCAUCCGUGAAGACGAUCUGCGGAUAUCAAAAUGACCUCCCCAGUGUCCCGAAUUAUCCUAUCUAUUAUUCCAUCUUGGAGGCAUUUACGAAAGGCAACACAAGCUCUCUGACAAAUCAGGUAGAGGUCAUGAAACAGACAUGUUCUGAUGUUACGGCCCUUACUUCGUUCUCGGAAAACCACGACGUUGCGCGAUUUGCAAGCUUCAAGGAUGACAUCGCGGUAAGGCAUCGACUCAAGCUAACACUGGCGCAGCUCGCUAAGAAUGUUCUAACAUUCACGAUGCUGUUCGACGGCAUACCGAUGAUUUACCAAGGGCAAGAACAACAUUUCUCAGGUGCCGAUGACCCCGAGAACCGCGAAGCCUUGUGGCUAUCAGGCUACGACACCAACGCUCCGCUUUACCAACUAGCCACGAAGCUGAACAGGAUCCGCAAGCAUGCAGCCCAGAUCGAUCCAGCAUAUGUAGACUCACAGACCUUCCCCAUCUACACAGGGUCUAGCGAGAUGGGCUUCCGCAAAGGCGUCGAGGGCCGGCAACUCCUGAUGGUCUUGUCUACACAAGGCACGAACAGCGGCAAAUAUGAGCUGGACAUGCCAAUAGGCUACCAACCUGGAUUUGUGGUCAUGGAUGUGCUUAAUUGCGCCAACUACUCGGUUAAUGACAUGGGUCUUCUCAAGGUCAGCAUGGAUAAGGGCGAGCCUAGGGUCCUUUUUCCCGCCGACAUGAUGGAAGGAAGUGGUCUAUGCGGAUUUGGAAGGUCGAAUGGAACGACAUAUCUUAAUCUGAAGAAGAAUACGAUGCAGUCCUCGGGUGGCAGGCUCUCGAAUUGGCCUACCUUGAGCCUCCUGUUAAUCGGUUGUUUGACUUACUUGAUAUUAUGGUGUUGA